AUGGAGGCGGAGAAGAUGGAGCUGAAGCUUUACAACACGAUGACUCAACAGAAGGAAGUUUUCAUUCCGAUCACUCCUGGAAAAGUUGGGUUGUACGUCUGUGGAAUCACAGCUUACGAUUUCAGCCACAUCGGCCAUGCACGCGCCGCCGUUUCUUUCGACGUUCUCUACAGAUACUUGAAGCAUUUGGGCUAUGAAGUUAAUUUCGUCAGAAAUUUCACAGAUGUUGAUGACAAGAUAAUCAUACGUGCUAACGAGAAUGGAGAGAAACCGUUAGAGUUGAGUAAUCGCUUUUGCGAGGAGUAUUUAGUUGAUAUGGGUGCUCUUCAAUGCCUCCUUCCCACCCACCAGCCACGUGUCAGCGACCAUAUGGAUCACAUAAUAGACAUGAUCAAAACGAUCAUUGCGAAAGAUUGUGGGUAUGCUGUGGAAGGCGAUGUGUUCUUCUCUGUCGACAAGUCACCAAACUAUGGUAGGUUGUCGGGUCAGCUGCUGGAACAUACAAGAGCUGGUGAGAGAGUUGCGGUUGAUUCUAGAAAGCGUAACCCUGCUGAUUUUGCAUUAUGGAAGGCUGCAAAACCUAAUGAGCCGAGUUGGGACAGCCCGUGGGGUCUGGGAAGACCGGGAUGGCACAUCGAGUGCAGUGCCAUGAGUGCUCAUUAUCUUUCUCCAAGAUUCGACAUUCAUGGUGGUGGUGCAGAUUUGAAAUUCCCACACCAUGAAAAUGAGCUUGCUCAGACAUGUGCUGCAUGUGAGGAUGGUGGUGUGAAUUACUGGUUGCAUAAUGGGCAUGUCACUAUCAAUAACGAGAAGAUGGCAAAAUCAAAGAAAAACUUCAAAACAAUCAGAGAAAUGACAGAAAGUUACCAUCCAUUGGCUCUGAGGCACUUCUUAAUGAGUGCACAGUACCGGUCUCCUCUGAGUUUCUCAGCGUCACAGCUAGACAGUUCCUCAGAAGCUUUGUAUUAUGUUUAUCAGACAUUGCAAGAUCUUGAUGAUGCUCUCUUGCCAUAUCGAGAAGCAAUGUCUGAAGACUCCGGAAAGUCUGAACAUACUGCAGAAGCCAAAGACAUCAUUAACAAGCUCAAAAGUGAGUUUGAAGGAAAGAUGUUAGACGAUUUGAACACUGCCCAUAUAUUAACUGGUGCUUAUCAAGAUGCAUUGAAAUUCAUCAACGCUUCCAUCGGCAAGCUCAAGAAAAUGCAGAAGAAACAGAGGAUGUCCCUGCUUGUGUCACUCGUUGAGAUUGAGAAAGCAGCCAGGGAAGUUCUUGAUGUACUUGGUUUACUCACUACCCUGAGCUAUGCCGAGAUUUUGAAAGAAAUGAAACAGAAAACAUUAACAAGAGCAGGAUUGAGCGAAGAAGACAUUUCACAGAAAAUAGAAGAAAGGAUAAUGGCGCGGAAGAACAAAGAGUUUGAGAAAAGUGAUCAGAUUAGAGCAGAGCUGACAGUUAAAGGAAUAGCAUUAAUGGAUAUUGGCAAAGAAACUGUGUGGAGGCCAUGUUUCCCUCUUCAGGCUAGUUCCAGUGAUUAAGCAAAAGAACAGAGAGAUGGAGCCAAGUCAACACUUUCGUCAUCUCUCAUUCUUCUUCUUUAGUCUUUGUUUAAGGCUCUCUCUUUAUUACUCUGUUUCUGGAGUUGUCCCAGUGACUCCUAAUAGACACUUGCAGUUUUUGUUUGUAUCUGAAUAUUCAUCACAGUGACCUUUUUAUCAAGUGUAACGAUAUGUUACUUUGGAUAUUACUCUACAUCAGUGACAAACACUAUCCC